AUGCAUUCGAAGCUUAGUGAAUAUUUUCGUCCGUCACGCUCCUACCAUCAUCAGCAACAACGACAACAACCAUCACCACCAACCAUGCAUUAUAAUGGAUAUUUGACAUCUGAAGAAGCGAAUUAUCAUGGAAAUGACCCAUUACUCCGAUUUAUAAUCAUACGUCAUGGAGAACGUAUGGAUAACACUUAUGGUCGUGGCUGGACACAACAUGUUUUCAAUUAUCAUGGACAAUACUAUCCCGUCGAUGGAAAUAUGCCUCCAGCAUUGCCAAUGCGCUCUAACUGGACGGAUUAUGAAGCAGACACGCCGUUAACUCGUAAUGGUUUACAACAAUCAUGGAAUGUCGGAAAUACUUUAGCGAAGUAUAAUACCCCCGUUGUCGCAUGUUAUUCUUCACCUGCUAUACGAAGUAUUCAAACAGCAGAUCAAAUUCUUGGCGGAAUGGGUCGUAAAGAUAUUCCGAUCCGUCUUGAUCUUGGCCUUUUCGAAUGUUCGUCUUGGUAUUCUCGUGUGCCAAUUAAUUUCAUGUCUGAUCAAGAAUUAAUUAUGAAUGGUGUAAAUAUUGACCGCUCUUAUCGUUCAUCGUUGAAAAAUCUUCGACCAUUGGAAAGUGAAUAUCAAUAUUAUGAUCGUUCAAAGGAAAUUAUGAAAAAAUUAAUCAAAAUACACGGAAAAACAGGUGGAACUGUUUUGAUUGUUGCGCACGCGCCGAGUCUCGAGGUAUUGACACGCCAUUUAAUGAAUGGUGACCCGAGACCUGAUCAAUUAUUUGAUCUUGCCGGUCGAGUUAGUUAUUGUAGUAUGACAAUUGUCGAUGGUAAACCAUCGUCAAAAUCAUGGCAAUUUCGUCAUUCACUAGAUGAAUUAACUAACUGGUAUCAUCAACAAAUGCAUGACGGAUCAAAUAUCAUUCCUCCGCAUUUCUCGCCUUCAGACUAUCCCUCAUCGAACACUCCUUUGAAUUACAUGUCAUCAUUACCAACAGUGUCAUCGUAUCUAUAUUAUUCUUGA